AUGAAGGGGAGGGCCUGGGGCCUGGGGUCUACCGUCUGGCCGUCUCGCCCAGGGGAGGGUGCGGUUUCCAGCUUGGAGGAUGAGCAGCGGCAGCAACCAAAGAUGCUGGAAAAAAAGGAACCACCAAACCUGAGGAACAUUACCUACCAGAACCAGACCAGACCUUCGCCUUACAUGGUUCCGGUCCAGCGCCAAGAGACCUUCUUAAUCACCUCCCUCCCAUCCGUCAUCUCCUGUUUCCAUUCUUCUGAGUUCCUAUCCUCACUUACCAUCCUCCUUCUUAUUCCCAUCCUCUCCCCCCUCUCCUCAACGGCGCAUCGCUCUGGUCUCUCUACAUCUCUCACAUUCGACAUCCAGUUUUCUACACCUUUCUGCGCUACUUGCCAGCAUCCACUAGCUUUACCACCACGCACAAGCAUCAAACCAGCAGCAGCACCAGCUCUCACCGCGCGCUCCAUCACACACAAUAGACGCGCCCCCCUUUUCUCCUGCACGCUCACCGUAGUCCCUGGGACCACCAACUUGUUGCCCGUUUCUCAGCUCAGUAGACUAGCGAGAGAACCUGCAGCAAGCCAUCCUCGUCUCGUCUCGUCCCGUCUCGUUCCGCACCGUACAGCACCUCACCUCACCUUACACGCCUACCAUACCUGGCAAUACUCUCCGCGACCUGCGCUUCACAGAGAGGAUCAGAAGAAGGGAACCCGUUUAUUCCAAGACCCCGAUCCCGAACCGAAUCAAAUAAUAUCACCAAAACACAAAAGGGAAUUCCCCAUUGAGAAGCGACUUUCCGAGACCUGCGCAACCAACCGUCUCGAUAUCCAACCAACCCCCCCGACGGCACACCCACAACACGACAGAAAAGACUUGAUCGUCUGCAACUGCGCAAAGCCCAUCCUGCUCGAGCCAUCCACAUGCAACGGUGCCGAUAAUACACUCCCCUCGCUUCCUCCGGACCGCCUGUUUUGCCUCAGCUCCUCCUAUUUUCUGCGAAACAACCGAGCAGCAUUGGUGACGCCCAAUUUGGCAACAUACCCAGGCCUCCUUGCAUCAUCACCGCCUCUUUAUCCCCGUCAACUCUCACCAAUCCCAUCUCCUGAAGACACUCGCACCCAAGUCUUCAAGGCCGCUUUCCAACACCCAAUUUUUUUACACCUUGUGCGGCAUACUCCCAUGUCCUACACCGGACUGCCCUGUAACCAUCUUCACCGUCAUGUCGCGUCUGGCUUGUAUAAAAAACUCAAUUCCAACCAGUUCUCGCUUUCGAAAGCACCUACAACAUUCAAUAUGGGUGUCAGAGAGAUCACUCCCGCCUCCAACAUGGGCCGCGGUGCCUACGACACGACUGGACACGAUCCGACGAACGAAUUCCACAUCUCCACUGGUCCGCGGGCUCAGGCCAACGCGAUGAUUUUUCCCACGCGAGACAUCUCGAGAGGAUCCAACCGCCCCCCCUACUCUCUACGCUACCGCGUGUCUUAUUCGAUCAUGCACACCCAACCCACACUUAUCCUCUACAACUCUACUAAUACUGGCGGUCCAUUUCCACCUGUACUACCUCAUCUGUACAACCAAAACAACAUACCGGCUCGCAGCCACAACUUGCUUCCCAGCAGCAAGGCGAAUGGGAACGCCUUACACGGUUUUCAUGAUCUCUCACAUACCUCAUCUGGGCCCUCGACGUCCUACGACACGACACUCGGCGACGGCACAAUAUCCCCGGCGGAUCCAUUCCAAACUGUCGGUGAGUGCUUCGCAGGCACUUUGGUCGGGCAGCAACGCAUGACAACGCAACCACCAUCCUCGACGCACAUGGCUCGCAGCCGCCUCAACCGUCAAAUUCGAGGACUUUUGAUUUUCUUUCAUUUUGUUUGUACCAACUACCCCCUGUAUUCUCUAGGUUUGGUCGACUUUUACGCACAACCAGCUACCUCGCGGUCCUGGUUUGAGCGAGAGCACCAAGGAUAUGAUGCAUCUGAGACGGACAGGGGUGUUUGUUGGACGAGGGCAUUCCUUAACCCCCCGUAUGAGGGCGGCGGCGGUUGCUCUCGAAGCUCAUGCUAUGCCAUGCCAUGCGACUCGACACAUUCGACUCGACUCGAGAACUUCUGUGAGAUGCUCGAGUAA